AUGCUGGCCUCCCGAAUGGGUCCUGCUCAGCCUGCCUCGCCUGAAGUCAUCUCCUCUCUCAUCACGAGCCUCUCCGUCAUUUCCAAACCCGCCGACCGACACUUUGAGUCUCCGAAGCUGACCAGCCUCUCUCUCCCUUCCUCGCCCCGUCACGGCAGUCUCGUCAGCAACGGCAGCUUCGGCGUCGACUACGGCGCCUUCUCACAGCCCUCCCUAGGUGAUCUUCGAGAGGAGACGGUAUCCCUCGACGAGCUCGCCGCCAGCUCGCCCGUCAUCCGAACCGCCAAACCGCCCUCCGGCUUCUCCCCACUCACCGCACCAAAGUCCCCCUCACGCGACUCUAGCGGCGGUUUCAAGUCCAUCCUGCGAAACAGCUCACGCCCCUCCUCCCGGAGUUCCCUCGGUUCCCGCGAUGAUACCCAGAGCAUAGGCAACCUCUCUGUCGAACGUGGUGUUGCCCCUGCCUCCGACUCGACCCGGAGCCGCUCCCGAUCGCGUGACAGCUGGGGACGGAAACAGGGUAGGAGCCACAAAGGUCUCAUGUACAUGAGCUCCAAAGAGCGACUGCGAGAGAAAGAAUACGAGAGAAAGCGCCUCAGCGGUGCUGCUCCUGCUAGCCGCGCCUCCUUUGACGAUACCCCCUUGAGUACCGGCCUAUCGCCUCGACCCGAUCCCUUUCUCGCCGAGACACCCAUCAGCGAGGAGCCACCGAUACAUUACGACCCGCCCACGAGGGAGCCUCCGCCACGGCCUGACCACGCACCCACGAUGGACCCCCUACCAAGCCCGCGGCCCAUCCCGACGCGGGACUCAUCGCUACGCAAGACAGGACCCAACGCCAAGAGGUCUUCUGUCCGGAACUCCCGGUCGAAGCGAGACGGAGAGAGCAGCGCGAUACCCGAGGAUGACGAAGCUCGCAACAGCAACAGGCAUUUGAAGGACCAGUCCUGGUAUAACGAAGAUGGAGAGUCGAGCAAGAAAUCGGCCGACCUCGGCCGUAGCUCGCAGCGGUCGUCCGCAAACAUGACCGCCACGGGGAACAGCCGUGCGGAUGAGAUUCACGUCACGAGUCCGCAGCCUCAGGACGAUCUCGAGGACGGCGCGCCAUUCCCUGCCGUCGCCCAAGGGCGGCGCCGUGACGAGCAUAGCACAGACCGCAGCAGGAGGAAAUCUGGCCGGCAGACGCCCGACGUCAACGAGGCCGUCCGAUUAAAGCGCAGCAGCUCCAGGCUCAAGCGUCUAUCGGCUCCCUUGAGUCCGCGAUCAGAGGGCGGAAGCGGACGCAGCGACAUUGCCUCGCCCGAGCCCGUAAAUGCCAUGCCUUCAGGGUACGAGCGCCCUCGAAGUGCUGACUCUGUCGACGAUGCCGUCGAGUCCUACCUGUGCUCGCCGCGGUUGUCUCAGAAGAUCAGGCAUCCUCAGACUGGCCGUGUCAUAUCCUUUUCGGAAGUCGGCGACUCGGAGGGCUCGGCUGUGUUCUGUUGCGUCGGCAUGGGCUUGACACGAUACAUCACAGCCUUUUACGACGAGCUGGCGCUGACACUCAAACUCCGCCUCAUCACGCCCGACCGACCCGGCGUCGGUGACAGCGAGGCCUACGCAGACGGCACGGCGACGCCGCUCAGCUGGCCAGACGACGUCUACGCCAUCUGCCAAGCCCUCAAGAUUACCAAAUUCUCCAUCCUUGCCCAUUCUGCCGGGGCCAUCUAUGCGCUGGCGACGGCCCUCCGCAUGCCCCAGCACAUCCGCGGUCGCAUCCACCUCCUUGCGCCCUGGAUCCCUCCUUCGCAGAUGAAUGUAUUUGGCACAUCGCAGACGCUGCCGCCCACCAACGCCAUUCCUACUUCACAACGCAUCCUCCGUGCUCUGCCGACACCGUUUUUGAAAGCCGCCAACAGCUCAUUCAUGUCGGCCACGAGCAGCUCCAUCACGAGCUCACUACCCAAGAACUCGAAUCGCCGAAGCAAACGCAAGUCAACCAACACGACCGGCCGCGAUACGCCAGCGGCGCGGCGCGAUAUCACGCCGAGCAUGGACAAGGAAAACCUCGGCCAGACCGGCUAUGGCAAGGGCGGCAUUGACAUGGAAUCUUCAUUGGGACCCGAGAGCAUGGACCGUCUACGCGCACCGCCUUCGGGUCAGUACGGAGCCGGCUCGUCAGCUCCCUUGGAUCCCGAGAGCGCCAUGCUGGCCGCCGCCGCAGACGCCAUGGCAGACAAGGAACGCCAGCUCACAUACGACACGAGGUUGACGCAUGCCAUUUGGGAUCUCGCAACAACAGGCGCCAAUCCGGCCGUGGACCUUCUCGUCUGCCUCGAACGGAGGCACACAAUCGGCUUCCGCUACGUGGAUAUUACGCGACCUGUUGUCAUCCACCAUGGCAGCCGGGAUACGCGCGUUCCUGUCGACAACGUUAAGUGGCUGGGCAAAACUAUGCGGCGAUGUGAGGUACGCGUGCUUGAAGGCGAAGGCCACGGCCUGAUGGCGAGUGCCGGUGUCAUGGGUUCGGUGCUCAUGGAAAUUAGCAAGGAGUGGGAUGACUGGAUGAAGGUGACUGGGAACGGGGGCAAGAAGGAGGAGAGGGGCCGUCGAGGGACACUCGGAAGGUCAUAG